UGAAAUAUAAUGGGUUGUAUAAAUUGUCAAAGCUACAUAUGUGGCAAUUCGUAAACAGGCACAGGUGUAAGGAACUGAACACCCGUGUUUUAACCAUCCAACCUAGAUACUCGUACGAUACUUCAUACAUCGAGACGUUGGAGGACGUUGCGGCUUCUCUUGGUUUAAAGAUUUAUUACCAAAUUGUUCAGGGAAGUUUCCUCGAGUUUUCUAUCGGGGUAACUCCAAACACAACGGUGAAUAUCGCAGUAAGAGGAUUCAGUACAAAAGAGAGCGCAUCGGAUUCAGGUUAUCCUGGUAUUAUAUGGGAGUGCAAUGUGAAGAUACCGAAUGCAGUUCCCCCCACCGCACCCGCCCCAGUUAUAGUUUCGGGGAAUCUACCGUGGAUGUCAUUCGUCAUACUACCCAUUGUUGUCGUCAUAAUACUAACAUCCGCCACACUUUACAUUAGAUAUCGAAAGAAGAGAAAAAAUAGAAUCCUUACGUCACGAAGUCUCUAUGACAACGCUGCAGAUUGGACGAAUCAUCGACCUUUAAAUACGCCCAAGUACAGCCAUUAUGUCGUCACAGCUAGUGAUUGUUGGACGCCUUUGCCCACCGAUUGUGACACAUACAGCGAGGACAAUGGAUCGCCACUCAACUGUGACAGUCACGUGUUUCGUUAUAGGCAUUCAUUAACAACUGUGACGGAAGAAUCGUCAUUAUUGGGCGAUGGAUUGUCCACGACAGCCGACACCCAUUAUUGGUCGAGGGAAAAAAGCGCUGCUAAGCAACCGAAACCCCACGUGACUCGCUUAUCCACUCCCAGGACGCCACGUAGCAAAGCUUCUCGUCGCAAUAUUUGGUCAAGAUCAAGCAAAGUAUCCGAUGCGUCCUCUAUCUCACUCUGGUGGGCGGAUGAUGACGAUUAUGACGUCAUAGAGCUACAAAGGAAUCGAACUCACCAUGCACAAAGACGGCAUCGACGUGUUUCCCCGCACACCAAUGUUGAAACACAAGCAAGUGGAUUGCAACGUAUAGGAACGCCCGCUGUGGUCCCGAGGCAACACAGGGGAUUUCAUUCCACAACCAAACCCCAACUUCGAGCUACCACCUCCUCUAUGAAUGUUUUGACCAAAUGACGUCAUAUAUCAACGUCACAUCAACGAAAGAAAACAAUCGAAUACAAUAUAUUCUGUACAAUUACCAACAAA